GUAAUGACGUAAUUUCACAGUCUUAAGCGGUAACUCGUAUUUUGAGCAAUUAAAAAUGUAUUUUCAGUAAAACAACGAUUGAAGCUCAACACUAAAGGAGCAAAUGAGCUAUUACUAAUAAUGUCGGUUCAUUUUUCUGUAAAGGUAAAUGACACCAAUGGAUAUUUUUUGACCUGUACUGCGAUGCCUCCAGUCAUGCCUCGGAUAAGUGAUCCAAACAUCGCCUUUGCCUACCUGCGUCCAGCCUGCGUCCGACUCACCAAAGAGCCCACCGUGACCAACGUGGACACGCUGAGAGGACAGCUGAAGGACAUAAAUGAUGCUACUCUGCAGCAGCUUCAAGAGUACAUUCUCUUUCCUCUUCGGUUUGUCCUGAAAGUCCCUGGAGCUAAAAAGGAGAAGCUGGUGCAGGCUGUGGCAGAGACUCUAGGCUUCAUCCUGGAAAACACAUGUGUCCAGAGCUGGGACACUCUCCACGACCUCUUCUCAGAGCUGUGUCUGUGUCUCUGCUCUCCUGCGGACCCAGGGACGCCUGCAGAGGUGUCUGAGGAGCUGAAGCUGGCUCUGGUCGUGUGCUUGGAUGCUCUGCUCCAUGCUGCUUACGGGGACAUCAUCUUUAGACUCUACGAAUCGAUCAUGCUGCCCGGACUUGGAGCUGCAGUUUCCCUACUGCUGUCCUUGAGUGAAAAAGAGAAGUCUCGAGAUAUACAGAGAGCCGCCUUGAAGUGCAUCCAGACCUUGACGCUGCAGUGUGACUGCACCCAGGAGCACCUGUCUCCGUCUUCUGAAGAGCGAUGUUCUGUGGGAGACACCAUGGCUUCAUUUCUACCUGGGAUUACUACGACUGUUACGAGGAUAAUUACAGGAGAUCUGAGACAAGGCCAUGCAGUUACAGUCCGGGCUAUCAAGCUGUGGUCCACGACUGUGGGGCUGGUCAUGGAAGACGCCCAGCUGUGCUCCAGAAAGUCCCCGCAGCCCGUCUCAGCAGAGCUGGGUAGGAUCGGACAGCUGGUGGUCCACAGAACAACAGACUGGGUGAAAAGCACAGCAGGGAAGCUCUCUGUCCUGCUGAAGAAGAUCGUCUCCUGCACGGCCGCUCAUCUGCACUGGAGGGUGAGACUGGAGAUGGUGGAGCUGGCUGACCACCUGUUGGCCAAAUGCAGCCAGUCCCUUAGGGAGUGUGCGGGGCCGCUGCUGGAGGCUCUGGUGGGAGCAGUCAACGACGAGGAGCCCAGAGUCAGAGAAAGGUGUGAGGCGGCUCUCAAAGAGGUAUCCCAGAGGAGUCAGACCUGCUGCAGCAGCGCUCAAACCUUCUCAGAUGUCCUGUCUGAGAACCUCCACUCUCUAGCCACCUCCCUUCCACGGCUGAUGAGGACCUGUGACGACCAGAGGAAGCUGUUUGUCCUGAAUGCAUUUCUCGGGUACUUAAAAGUUCUGGGACCGCUUGUCUCUGUGGUUCUGAACUCUGCUGCACAUCUGGAGAGGAUUUCUAAAGCACUGAUGCAGGUGUUGGAGUUGGACGUUACGGACGUCCGGAUCGUGGAAGAAAGGAGCUACACUGAUGCAGCAGAGAGCAGCUCCGGCUCGCCUCCCUCCUACGAUGCUCACGUACAAAGGAAGCAUUUUCUCUACUUUACAGAUGAGAAGAUCUUCUGCGCUCUCAUGGAGAUUUGCAGAACAUUAGGUUACUAUGGGAACAUCUACCUUCUGACCGAUCGGUUCCUGGACUUGUACCGGCAGUCUUCGGCGUACAGAAAGCAGGCUGCCAUGGUCCUGAAUGAGAUCAUCAGAGGGGCUGCGGGCAUUUCGGUGGCAGCUCGGGGUGUGGGCGAUGAGGGACACUCCACCUCCAAGGCCGACCUUAAAGCAGCAGCAGUGUCCGUCAUGGAGGAAUACACCAGUCUGAGCAACUGGCACCUGAUCACUGUGAGCGAGGAGACGGACCGGGACCGGCAGGAUCGGCAGCUCCUCAGCCCCUCCGGACUCCUCUCCAUAUCCAUCAAUGCUGCAAACUCCGCCUCCCUCGCUACCCUUCCCGCCUCAUCCUCCUCCCUCACAAUCCACCAGCUCAACAGCAACGUCUGGCAGCUGUGCAUCCAGCUGGAGGGCGUGGCCUGCUGUGCUCAGGCGCUGGGCCACGACUUCCGUCCACUGCUGAUGACCUCACUGUACGCGGUGCUGGAGAAAGCCGGCGAGGAGACGCUGCUGGUGAGCCAAGCCGCGCUGAACUCCAUGGUAGACAUCAGCAAGGCCUGCGGCUACUCCUCCCUGAAGGAGCUGAUCAACCAGAACUCCGAUUAUCUGCUCAAUGACAUCUCGCUGAACCUGCAGAGGCUCAGCCAGCAUCCACAGGCUCCACGAGUGCUGGCAGUAAUGCUGACUCACUCGGACUGCAGCCUGCUGCCGCUGGUCGCAGACGUCGUUCAGGAUGUGCUGACGUCUCUGGAUCUCAGCUACGACCGUUCAGCCGCUCUGUUCUGCUCCGUGCUGCACGCUCUCAUGAAGGCUUUGGUCAGGUGGUUUCCUGCGACGCGUAGCAGAACCAACGUUUCUGCCCGUUCCAAGCGGGCCUCCUCUGAGCAGAAGGACGUUUGCGUCCGCCAGUUCUUGCUUGAGUACAGAAAGCAGAAAGAAUUGGCAGAAGGCAUCGGGAUUGAGGAGGACGAGGACGCUGCAGACCUCGCAGAGGUCCCCCCUCCAUCAGAGUGUGAGGCGGCAGAUGAUGCCGGAGGUCCCGACGUGAAACCUGAACUCCCGUUAUACGUCAGCAUCACCAGAGAUGUCAUGGAGCGCUGCGUCCACCUCAUGUCUGACCCCAACCUCCGCCUCCGACUGAAGGUUCUGGACCUUCUGGAGCUCUGUGUUCUGGUGCUGAGCGAGCGGGAAGACGAGCUGCUGCCGAUGGCUCAUCGCUGCUGGCCGGCCCUCCUUCAGAGGCUCACUGCCGAUGACCCGCUAGCCGUCCUCAGAGCCUUCAGGGUGCUGUGCACUCUGGGAGAAACGUGCGGUGACUUCCUGAGGAGCAGGGUUUCUAAGGAGGUCCUCCCGAAGCUGAGCCGGUCCCUGUCCCAGCAGGCGCCGGUCAGCGCCAAAGCCGGACCCGUCUACACGCACAGCCUGGCCUACAAGCUGCAGCUGGCCGUUCUGCAGGGGCUGGGUGCUCUCUGCCAGAGCCUGGAUCUGGGUGAAGCAGACCUGGAUGCUGUUUGUGAAGCUUGCUUGCCUUACCUGAGCUGCAGACAGCCCAUCAGGCUGCAGGAGGCCGGCCUCAGUGUUUUCCAGCACCUGAUCCAGGUGGAUCCAGACACCUUCUGGUUUACCCUCAACGAGCUGCACUGCCCCUCCCCUUACACCCCCCCACACCCCGACCUUCAUCCCAUUCAGCUGAGCGGGAUGGGCAGACCCAGAGACGAGUUCUCGGACAACGUGCUGAAGCUCCUGACGGGCGAGUUCGGCCCGCCGGCCCUCAGUUAACGGCGAGCAGCUCUCUGGAGAAGGUCAGCCGGUCUUCAGCGGAGAAGAUUCCAGUUUCCUGCGUCAAAACUUAAACGUGCAUCUUCAACUUCUGGUAUUUCUGCGUUUUUUCCAUUUUUAAAAUUCUUCACCAAAAAAACAUCAGGUUAUUUGUGUAAAAACUGUAAGUAGAAACAUUUAGAUCUAAAUGAUUGUAGCUGCUUUCCUCUUGUUUUUUCAGGAAAGCGUGAAAACAAUUUUCCAGUUUUUAAAGAUUCCUAUUUUCUCAUUUUACAUUAAAAAGAAGAGUUUGUGUUCUACCACUUAUGUUUAUGAACGUUUUCUUUUUUAAGCUGAACUUUUUUCAAGUUGUGGAUCUCUUUUUUACAUCUAGUCAGUACAGAAAAGUCAUUUUGAUUUAAAGAUAAAUCCGAAUCUAAAGACGAAUAUGUCCUAUUUUUUCCCUUUUAUUUAUUUUUAACUUGUUUUUGGAGGUUUGGAAAUCAAAUAAAUCAGGGCUUUAGUUUCCAGAGAUUGGAAUCAUUGCAAAACCUCAAUAAAAAAUGUGAUUUUUUUCAU